GUAGGGGCACGUGUGGCUGGGGGGGCCUGCCGUGCCUUGGGGUGACCCUCUCCUCCCCUCUCCUCCCCUCCCCACAGCGUCGGGGCUGGCAGAGAUGGGGGCCCAUUGGAUCCACGGCCCCUCACCAGGCAACCCCGUCUUCCGGCUGGCCACCAGCUACGGCCUGCUGGGCCCGGAGGCCGCUCGGGAGGAGAACCAGCAGGUGGAGGUGGGGGGGCACCCCUCGAUGCCCUCUGUCACCUAUGGCAGCUCAGGGAAGGUGCUGAGCCCCACUGACGUGAGUGAAGCCCACCACCUCUUUGACACCCUACUGGACUCCGCCCGGGCUUUUCAGGGGGCCAGGGAGCUGCCAGCCCCCAGCGUGGGGCAGUACCUGCGGGGGGAGAUCGCCCAGAGGGUCUCCGCUUUGGGGGGUGGCCGGGAGGACGCCCGGCGGCUCCAGCUGGCCAUCCUCGCCACCUGCCUCAAGCUGGAGUGUUGCAUCAGUGGGACCCACAGCAUGGACCUGGUGGCCCUGGAGCCCUUUGGGGAGUAUGUCUCCCUGCCCGGCCUGGACUGCACCUUCCCAGGUGGCUACAGCAGCUUGCCUGAUCGCAUACUCUCGGCUCUGCCGGAGGGCACCGUCCUGCUGAACAAGGCAGUGAGGACCAUCCGGUGGAGAGGGUCCUUCUGCGAUGAAGGGGACAAGACCAGGGAUUUCCCUGUCCGCGUGGAGUGUGAGGAUGGAGAUGCCUUCCUUGCUGACCACGUCAUCAUCACUGUCCCACUGGGUUUCCUCAAGGAAUGCCACCAGGACUUCUUCCAGCCUCCCUUGCCCCAGCAGAAGGCCGAGGCCAUUCGCCGCCUGGGUUUUGGCACCAACAACAAGAUCUUCCUGGAGUUUGAGAAGCCUUUCUGGGAUCCCCAGCAGCAGCUCCUUGAAGUGGUGUGGGAGGAUGAGUCGCCCCUGGAGGAGCCCAGCACCAAUCUGGAAGCCAGCUGGUUCAAGAAGCUCAUUGGCUUUGUGAUCCUCCAACCACCAGAUCAGCAUGGGCACGUCCUCUGCGGAUUCAUCGCAGGGAAGGAGUCAGAGUACAUGGAGACGCUGAGCGAUGAAGAGGUUCUUGGCACCAUGACACACCUCCUCCGCACGCUGACAGGGAAUCUGCACCUGCCCGCUCCCAGGAGGGUGCUCAGGUCCCAGUGGCACAGCGCUCCCUACACCCGGGGCUCCUACAGCUACGUGGCCGUGGGCAGCUCAGGGGAUGACAUCGAUAUGCUGGCUCAGCCCCUGCCCGAGGACCCCAAGGACCCCAGGCCUCUGCAGCUCCUCUUUGCCGGAGAGGCCACCCACCGCACCUUCUACUCCACCACCCAUGGGGCCCUGCUCUCAGGCUGGCGGGAGGCCGAGCGGCUCAACCAGCUCUUUGAGGCACACGGUCCUGCUCCUCAGGUUUAAGGCGGGAAAAUAAAACCCAUGCUUCACAGGUU